AAGUGAGGCAGCAAAAUCCAAAUUGAUUUUUGAUCGAACUUGAAGCUUGGAUCAUAAAACGCAUCCAUAUACUUUUCUCUACUAACUGUUCUAUGCCGAAACGUCAAUGUUGUCAUUUGUCUAUCUUAUGUCAAGCGCAACGUCCGUUGAUUUUUGAUUGUUUGAAAAUGAUGAGUGUUUUUUGUUUACUAGGAAAAAGCAUGUUCUAAUAUAAAUAAAAAUGGAUUCGACUACAACUACUUGCCCGGAUAUGACUCCGAAUGCCAAAGGAAUUCCAACAAGAGGUACGAUGAGUUCGUUGAGCUACCAUCAGAGGAUACGCCCGAGACCCACAUUAAACAUCGCCCCUUUAAAUUUUGAAGAAAUCAAAAAGGCUAUCGAAUCGGAAGAUUCUAUGACCAUACCUACAAAACCGGUAAAACAUUUGGAGAUUAAACAUGCUUCCCGUUUGUGCGAGUCUUCAAAACAAAUCGAAAAGUCAGAGAAAUCUCUUGACAUAAACCAGAGCUCACAGCCAGGUCAUUAUGAUGAUAACAUGAAGAAGUGCGGUCCUUCAGCAGUCGACAGCAAGUUCGAUAAAAGUCCAAAACCUAAUAUAAAAACCACUAGUGCAGUUUCAGCAAGUGUAGACGAAUCAAAGUCAAACCUUCCACAAAUACUGGUCAAUGGCAAAUCAAAACAUGAUAUUCUAGAUACAGAAAUUGCAGUAAAAACCCAAACAGAAAAUGUGGAGGAAGCUAACAAAUCCUUUGAAACAGAUGUCGAUCAAAGUAAAACAGUAGAUAUACAGGAUAAAGAAAAUCUUGCACCAAAACAUUAUCUAAAUGAUAGUUUUGACCUGAACUUCUCUGCACUAUCAAUCUCAACACCUGCGAAGAAACCUGCAGAUCACUGCUUUACCACACCCAAAGUUGCUAUGCCCCUAUGUCGAGAAGAUGUUAACAAGAAUAGUAUGUCCGCAUAUAAAGUUUCCAUGAAAGUUUCAAGCAGUGCCUCUAAAACUGUCCCUUAUCAGAACAAUGAGUCUUCAGUGACAAGGCGAUGCUUGUACACAAUACCUCAGAGCCCUCCUAAGAAAGAGACAUUUACACAGAUAACAGUGAAUGGAGUCCCGUAUUUGAUACUGGAUAUGCUGGGCAAAGGAGGAAGUUCUGAAGUGUUUCAGUGUUUUAAUCCGAAAAGUAAGAGCAUAGUCGCAGUAAAGAGUGUUUCUCUGAAGAAUGCAUCGUCUGCCAAAGGUUACAUUAAGGAAAUUGAACUGCUGCAGAGGCUACAAAUAUGCGACAGGAUUAUAAAAAUGUACGAUUUCGAACUGAUCCAAACCGAACAGCAGUUGUACAUAGUACUAGAGAAGGGUGGCGAAGAUCUAUCGAAGAUUUUGAAAAGUUUGCAAGCACAACAUGAUCAUCUUCCGGUUUAUAUGAUUCUAUUCUAUUGGAUGGAAAUGCUGUAUGCGGUCAAUCAGAUCCAUAAGAAUGGCGUUAUACACGCCGAUCUCAAACCAGCAAAUUUCUUGCGAGCUGGAAGUGGCCUCAAACUGAUUGAUUUCGGUAUAGCAUCGUCUGUACAAACUGACAUGACCAGCGCUACCAAAUCAACUCAGGAAGGUACUCAAAGCUAUAUCAGCCCUGAAGCGCUCAACUGUGAUACGUCAAAUCCUUCAAGUCCAAAGUAUAAGUUACACUUCAAAUCUGAUGUCUGGUCGCUUGGUUGUAUUCUAUAUCAGUUGGUCUACAGAGCUACUCCUUUUCCAAGGGGCACUAAUAUAUGGGCAACCUUGGCUACAAUAAUGAAUCCUAACUACAAAGUGGAGUAUCCAAAAGCGGACUGGAUCCCCCCAAUGUUUAUAAAAACGAUUCAAAGGUGUCUGCAACAUGAUAUCAAAAGCAGACCUACUGCUGCUCAGCUCAUUCAGGAGUAUGAAGAAAUGUUCGGAUCAUAAAAUAGGAAAUUCUAGAAAGAUUGAGUUUAUUAUGCAGCUAUUAAGAGUUUCAACAUAAUGAUAUUUUGUGUUUUGAUAUAUGUUGUACAUUUUUUUUAUAUACAUACUAUUCUAUAAGGAAUAUUAUUUUUAGCAUUAUGGAUAACGUAAAAAUAAUAGUACAAAAAUAUCUACAUUUACUUAUUAUUGACGUUGAGUGUCAAGUUGUAUAUAUGUAUAUUCCUCAUAUUACAUUAUGUAAAUUAUAUAUUUUUUAUUAAAGUCGUGC